GCUGCGAGUGGUGCUGUCGUGAGCAUAGAUACAAAUAUUUUUGGAUACGUCCCUCCAUGUAUGCCGUCACACUUUAUCGCAGCCGAAGAGCAACAUUUUGUCCCGUAAAGAUUACAUACAUGUAGUUAUUAGGGUACAUAUUUUCUGCACACGUACGACGGACCCGGUCCUUACCAGGGUCUUCCACAGGGACUCAUGUCAGUGAAUAAAAUCCCCAGCUUUCUUGGUAUACCCUCACUUUUUUUUUUUCCAAGCGACAAGCGCGUUGAUGGCUGUCGCUGUGUAGGAUGGAGUUGUCAUAAUGAAACGGCAUCUAUCUCCUUGCAGCCUUCCUCCUCCAUGCCUCGAAAAUCCCAGGUCGACCUCAUUUCCAUCUCUGGCAUCGUAUCGGCCCAAGCACAGCAGGAACUUGUCACCGAGGGUCUCGAUAACUUUGAGUUGCCGAAGAGCCUGGUUACGAGUAUCGCAAGAUCAGCACUCCCUGACAACGCGAAGCUACCCAAGGACACGAUCCUCGCGCUUGUCAAGGGCUCGACGGUGUUCAUCAACCACCUAGCUGGAACGGCCUACGAUGUCGCAAUGUCAAAGCAACACAAGAGCAUCUCUGCCGCCGAUGUCAUGCGGGCGCUAGACAUCCUCGAGUUGGGGGAUAUGGUCGAGAUGAUACAGGAGGAUCUGCAAGCUUUUCGCGAUGAACAAAGGUCGGCUGGGAAAGCCAGCGGUCACGAUAGCGUAUCUCUGUCAGCAUCUAGACUCUCUGUGCAGCCGGGGGCCCCGACUAUCAGGAUCAAGCCGCCCAAGAAGGAGCCUGCGUCGAGAGCCACUUCUUUGUCCUCGUAUUCGAGACGACAGGAUAUGGAUAGCCAGGGACGCGCAGAGUUUGGGGAGGCCACCCCAGCCCUAUAUCAUAAUUGGCAAAGUAGCAGCCAUCCUGACGGCGGCAACUCGGAUGAGGAAUAGGACACACGGACAGAUAUUUUUGAUUCUCACUUUCUUGCGUCGUGCUUUGUUGCUGUCAUAUGUACUUGCUAUCGUCAAACAGUGUUGGCCGUAUUCAGCCUAGCUAAAUUAUCGUUUCAGGUUGUAUCUUGUAUGUAUUAUUACUGGAGGCGCCGAAGGCCCGUGAC